AUGAGCGCUGCUCUCGUUUACCAAUACGACACAUGGUCAGCGCUCAAGUACGUCAACGACACAACCCAAGUCGGAGAAACGAUGUCGUUUCUCGACGGAGGGCUCCUCCACGUCACCAGUAACGCGCUUGGGAUGAUGGUGUCGUACGAUAACUUCGGAGACAAGUUAGCGUCGUGGACUCCUCCAGCAACGGAACGUGACGGGUUCUGGGAGAAGACUGGGCCGGGUAUGGGCUCGGAUCCGGGUACUUUGGGUUUCCCUUCCGGUUUAAAAAAAGACGUCACGGUCUGCAAAACCGGGAAAUGCCGUUACAAGACGGUUCAAGAGGCCGUUAACGCGGCGCCUGAUAACAACGGAGUGCGCAAGUUUGUUAUAAAGAUUAGCGAAGGAGUGUAUGAAGAGACCGUUAGGGUUCCGUUUGAGAAGAAGAACGUGGUCUUCAUCGGAGACGGCGUGGGCAAAACGGACAUUACAGGAACUUUGAACGCCAGGAUGCCCGGGAUGAGCACGUUCAAAUCUGCAACUGUCGGAGUCAUGGGAGAUGGUUUCAUGGCUCGUGAUAUAACGUUCCAAAACGCGGCGGGACCAGAGGGUCACCAAGCGGUUGCGUUUAGAUCCGACAGCGACUUUUCUCUGCUUGAGAACUGUGAGUUCCUUGGGAACCAAGACACACUCUAUGCACAUGGUCUCCGUCAGUUUUACAAAAAAUGCCGUAUCCAAGGGAACAUUGACUUCAUCUUUGGAAACUCAGCUUCAGUCUUCCAAGACUGUGAGAUCCUUAUCGCGCCGCGUCAAGUUAACCCCGAAAAGGGCGAGAAAAACGCUGUCACUGCACAUGGAAGAAUUGACCCGACGCAGACAACGGGAUUCGUGUUCGUGAACUGUUUGAUAAACGGGACGGAGGAGUACAUGAAACUGUAUAAAGCUAACCCUAAGGUGCAUAUAAACUUCUUGGGGAGACCGUGGAAAGAGUUCUCGAGGACUGUCUUUAUAGGCAGCAAUAUGGAGGCUUUGAUAUCUCCUGAUGGUUGGUCACCGUGGGGCGGGGACUUUGCUCUUCAGACGCUGUAUUAUGGAGAGUCUAAGAACACGGGUUUGGGAUCAGAUAGGUCACGGAGGGUUUCGUGGAGCAGCGAGAUACCAGAAGAGCAUGUUCAUGCGUACUCGGUGGCUAACUUUAUUCAAGCUGAUGAGUGGGCUUUGAUGUCUGGUUGAAUCGAGUCAGGAAUAAAGGAAAAGCUUUAUAAGAAGUUUUAACCAUUGUACUUUAGUUGAGAACAUUUAUAACACGACCCAAAAAUAUAAAACUUUGUAUUCAUGUUAGUUUAUAUUAAUUGAAAGUUUAGAACA